UGGUGGAUGGGGAGGCGCAUGCGCACGCAGUGAGAGUCCAUGCUGAGCUGGAGACUGACAGAUGUCUGCAAGUUCUUGUUGGGGGAUCCGGGAUGGAGCUGAAUGGGGGGAUUGUGGACUGUCACUGUCACCUGUCUGCUGCAGAAUUUAAUCAGGACAUCGAUAACAUUUUGCAAGAUGCAAAAGCAGCUGGUGUCCGGGCUCUAGUGGCGGUGGCAGAGCACGCUGCAGAAUUCGAAAAAUUAAUUCAGCUUUCUAGAAGGAAUGCGGGACUGGUAUUUCCAUGUUUAGGAGUCCACCCAGUGCAAACGGAAACCUCGGAGCAACAACGCAGUGCCACCCUUCAGGACUUGGAAGACGCUUUGCCUUUAAUUGAACUCUACAAGGAUGAAUUGGUGGCUAUUGGUGAGGUUGGCCUGGAUUUCACUCCCCGAAUCGCCAGCACAGAUGAUCAGAAGGAAGGGCAGCGUCAGGUGUUCAUCAGACAGAUUGAACUGGCCAAACACCUCGGACUACCACUAAAUGUUCAUUCCCGAUCAGCAGGAAGGCCGACUAUAAAUCUUUUGAAGGAACAAGGUGCUGAAAAGGUUCUGCUCCAUGCAUUCGAUGGAAAGCCCUCAGUGGCAAUGGAAGGCGUGAAAGCUGGGUAUUUUUUUUCCAUCCCUCCAUCCAUCAUCAGAAGUGAACAGAAGCAGAAACUAGUAAAACAAUUACCUCUGGAAAACAUGUGUCUAGAAACGGACUCUCCAGCUCUCGGACCAGAAAAGCAGGUCAGAAAUGAGCCAAAAAAUAUCAUAUUUUCUGCUGAAUACAUUGCUAAAAUCAAAGGGAUAUCUCUGGAAGAAGUGAUUGAAGUAACUACAAAGAACGCCAUCAAACUAUUCCCCAAACUGAGACAAGCUGUUCACAAAUAAAGAAAUGUUUUAUAGA